AUGAAGCCAGCUGGGGGCCGCCUGCUCCUCCUGCUGCUGCUGGCCGCGGUGCUGACAGGAACCCUCGCUCAUCCUGCGCCUGGUGACACCAGGCUCCCAUCAGAUGCAAAGGAAUGCCACCUAGCCCGGUUCAAGUCUCUGCCUCCGCAAGAGCUGCAGGCCUUCAGGAAGGCGAGGGAUGCUAUAGAAGAGUGGCUGCUCAAGAAAGAUGUCAACUGCAGAUCCCGUCUCUUCCCCAAGGCCUGGAACCUACAGCGGCUGCGGGUCCAGGAGCGCCCCAAGGCCCUGCAGGCUAAGCUGGCCCUGACACUGGAGGUCCUGGAGAACAUGACUGACUCGGCUCUGGGCUCCAUCCUGCACCAGCCUCUUCGCACACUGCGCUACAUCCAGUCCCAGCUGCAGGCCUGUACACAGUCUCAGCCCACAGCAGAGCCAGGGUCCCCGAGUCGCCGCCUCUCCCAAUGGCUGCACAGGUUCCAGGAGAAGGAGACCCCUGGCUGCCUGGAGUCCUCUGUCACUUCCAACCUCUUCCGCCUGCUCAUGGGGGACCUGGAGUGUGUGGCCAGGGGAGAUCAGUGUGCCUGA